CGUCAUGACCUCAGAAAUACGUGUUUCUCUUUAUCAGUCUCCGGUAGACCAGUCUGUAUUUGAGCCACGACUAGGACUGUAUUUUGCCAUCAAGGAUUUGGUCUAGUGCGGCUAUUAUUUUCUGGAUGCAAAGUUACAUCUGAAGCGAACCGUUCUGUGAUUUCGCUUGAGGACCCGCUGCUCCAGAGCCAGAGAUCCUCCCCCUCUGUGCCUGUAACGGUCCCCGCCCCCGCCCCGGCUCUCAACACCAGAGCAGCAAGCGCACGCCCUGUUGUCCUCACACCCCCUCCCCUUCCUCCACUGCUGCCAUAUCCACCACCCACCGCUACUACUAGUCACCACCACCAUCCUAGUCCCAACCCCAUCCCCAUCCCCAGCUCCAGCUUCAGAUCCAGCUCUGGGCGUGUCCCAUUCCUGCUGACACCUGUGGCUCAGGAUGGGGUAAAGACCAGAGCAAGCAGCCUUCACUGACCCAGAGGAGGAGAGCCAACAGGAGGACCUGGACCUGAACACUGCUGCUGGCCAGUCGAGGAGAAGCGCAGCCAUGCACGGGUCGCGGCGCAAGAUGAAGGUGGUGUGCAUGGUGGCGAUGGUGAACAUCUUCCUCUUCAUCAUGCUGACGCGCAGCGGCGGCCAGAACAAGGGCGCCGACAGCAAGGUCCACGUGCCCUCCAAGCGCUUCUGGGCCAAGAUGGCCCCCAGCAGCGCCUUCUGGAACCGCGAGCAGCAGAAGCUGGACCUGCUCAACAACCCGGUCGUCACCAACUCCACAGGUGGUGGUGGUGCCGUAUCCCCAGGAGUAGAUGGCGUCAGCAGCAGCAGUAGCAGCAGCGAUGGGGGAGCAGGAGCCGGAGCCGUGACCGGAGGCCUCCUCCCCCUCCCGUUCGAGCGUCUCCCUGACUGGCUGAACGACACGGCGGGCCUGGUGGAGGAGUCGUGCGAGCCGGACGGCCGCGUGGCCACGCAGAUCAAGGACUUUGGGCAGCUGCCGCCGCGUUUCAAGGACUUCCUGACCUACAUGCGCUGCCGCUCCUACCGCAUGGCGGUGGACCAGCCGCACGUGUGCGGUAGCGGUGGCGAGGGCGGCGAAGAGGGCGGUCCUUUCCUGCUGCUGGCCAUCAAGUCGCUGGCGCCGCACUUUGACCGGCGGCAGGCCAUCCGCGAGUCGUGGGGGCGCGCGGGCCGCAUGGCCAACCGCACAGUGGCCACGGUCUUCCUGCUGGGCGGGGCCACGGCCGAGGACCACUUCCCCGACCUGUCGGCCAUGCUGGCGUACGAGAACCAGCGGCACGCCGACCUGCUCCAGUGGGAGUACCGGGACACCUUCUUCAACCUGACCGUCAAGGAGGUGCUGUUCCUGGACUGGCUCCGCACGCGCUGCCCCGGCGCCCAGUUCGUCUUCAAGGGGGACGACGACGUCUUUGUCAACACGCCGCGCAUCCUCGACUUCCUCAAGGGCUUGCCGGCCGAGAAGGCGCGGGAUCUGUUCGUGGGGGACGUAAUCACCAACGCGGGGCCGCACCGCGACAAGCGGGUCAAGUACUUCAUCCCCGAGAGCAUGUUUGUGGGCGUGUACCCGCCGUACGCGGGCGGGGGAGGGUACCUGUACUCUGGCGACCUGGCGCGCAGGCUGCUGGCCGCCUCCCACCGGGUGGCGCUAUACCCCAUAGACGACGUGUACACGGGCAUGUGCCUGCGCAAACUGGGCUUGGCCCCGGAGAAGCACAAGGGCUUCAGGACCUUUGACAUAGAGGAGAAGCUAAGGAAUAAUCCCUGCACAUACAAGGCCAUCAUGUUGGUACACCCCAGGACUCCCCAGGAUAUGAUCAAGAUCUGGGGUUGGAUCACGGACCCCAAGUUGAAGUGUGCAAACUGAUUUAGCUUGUUUAAAUAAUUGCUUUAUUAUUUUUUUGUUGUUUUGUUUUAUUUUGUUUUCUUGUUUUCUUUGUUUUUUUUUGUUUUUGUUUUUGUUUUUGUUGUCUCUGCUGUACCAACCCCUCAGGGUUUGGUCAAGGGUCACACGUUUGGCAGCUUUACUACACAAAUGAAACUAUAUUAAUUAUUAUGGUUAAGGUUAUUGAUAUUGUUCUUUUUAUUACGAUUAUAGUAAUGAUUAGUGGUAUUAUCAUCGUCAAACUACUAAUGUUGCAACAAAAACCUUACAAACCUCCCUAUUUGUUUCAGUCCUGAUGUUUUGCAAGGUUCAGUCAGUGUGAAAGGUGUGUUUUUUCCCCCCUCACUUGUUUUCACCUUUCUCCUUUCCAAAGGGGCAUUUAAUUGUGGUCUUAGGGCGUGUUCCGAGGAGCUGGUUCGGUAAAAAACUAUGUGAAGUUGACCUUGAGGUAGUGGUACAUCAUCCUGGAGUGCUCCUUUUCAUUACUAAAUGACACUUACGGACUAUUUAUGAUUAUAUUUACUCCUUCAUGUAGUUUACCUUGGCCAGGCUACUAUUCCAAGAACGAGGUUAAGUGAUAAACUUGGCUAGGUUCAUCUACAGGAAGUAGUAAACAUGCUCAUAGAUAGUCCAGUGCCAUUUUGAAAGAGGAAAAAUGGAGGACUCCAGGCUCUUCUAUCAGAGGGUUUUCCACUACCUUAAGGUAAAUUCAACCUGGUUUACUACUUAACCAGGUUCUUGGAAUACUGCCCAGGUUGAUCACUUCACCAUGUUUGUGGGAAACCCAUAACUGCUCUGGGCAGAUGAAGCCAUGCACACACUAUAUCUACUAGACUAGUGUACAGUAUAUACGUACAAGUAGUCAUUGGUGCACACCUGGUGGUGCCCUCCCCAUCUUACUCUGGCACCUUCCAAAGAUGAUGUGACACGACUGUGCUCAGCUGGCCUGAGCACCCUAAGGUGUCACCAGACUCUCUUGAGGACGAUUGGCUGAACCGGCUUGUCCCAGAAUUGGAUUGGUGGAUGGUUUGGCACAAUGUGCUGUGAAUUGAUUUGUAUAAUGCCUGAAGCACGUUUCAGUAAGAGGACGAGAAUAACACCAAAGAUGAAAACUUAAAGAGCAUGGCUGGAAAAGAAAGAGAAUAGAUUAACCCCGGUUUUGUUGUUACGUUUCAGUGUAAUUUAUUGUUAUUAAAAGUGUUGUUUCUUUUUGUUUAUCCUUGUUAUUCACAGUUGUUUUUGAUUGUUGUAGUAGUAGGCAGUCAAGGUGUGGUGGCACGCCAGAUUGAAGGCCUAUGUUGAACAAGCUCCUCUGCAUCAAUAACAGCUCAGAGGCUCAUGUACAGCAUGUGCUCCCUGGGUAUGCUUUUGAUAAGGACUUGAAGACAAAUGUUCCAUCGAAAGAUGUUUUGGGGAUUUCCCCUCUGAAAUCUGCUGUUAUCUUGGUCGUCUAUCUCCCCGGUGCAAUCAUUGUUGUCAGUUUGUGUGGGUAGCAGCAGCACAGACCAAGAUCAUGAUCGAUUAUGAGGCAUUAUUAUAUAGGUUAAGAAUUUUAAAAAAGCUCUCUGAUGCUAGAACAGUUGUUCCUGCUCAAUGAUUUGUUUGUCCCUCAAGUUUCCAUAGUGCCUUACGUUCUCCAGAUUUGCACAAAUGUUCAGGCCUGCUUGCUCUCUCUGAUCUGAUUUCAUGCUGGCCAGAAAGGAGACCAGUGCCCCCCCUAAAGGACUAAUCAUAUCCUCCCCCCCACAAAGCAAGACGCCAGCUCUGCUCCACUCUGCUCGCUCUACCUGUCUGUCCCUUGUUCUCAAAAAUGCUGGUGAGGAAUGAAAAGAGAGGAGAGGAGAGGAGGUUUGUGGUGUGGCAAGGGGGAGUGGGGAGGACAAUGAGAGGGAGAGAGAGAGAGAGAGAGAGAGAGGAAUUUGGAAAUGUUGUGGGCGGGGUUGGGGGGCGAGCCACUGCAUGCUGCAGGGUAGGAGGCGGAGGAAGCGAAUAAGGGCGGGACUUAACCCUCACAGCUCAGAUCAGUACAGGCCACUCACUGCCAUCGCUGUGAGCUGUUAAACACUCGAGACCUCGUCCUGGAGUCGAUAUGGGGUGUGCGUCAUUUGACAUGGCAGUAUUUGCUUGCUUUGUUUGCUUUCUUUUGGUUCAACUCAAACUGUUACCUUCUGUCCUCUCCCUUUUGCUUGUGGCCUCGUUAUUGUUUAAUAUAUCGCAAAUGCGCAAUUCAAAGGUCAUUUUCUCUUGUUAUCAUUAUGUGAAAUGUGGGAAAGCCCUCUCAAAAGUUGCUCUGCCUAAGGCUGACGUUGGGGAAAGUUUCUCCACAGGGUGAUGCCAAGGCAGGAGGCCAAAAGCAAAUGAUUAGGAUGAGAGAUACUAAUUUGAGGAGGACCCUUGCUCAUGGUGCAGGCCUCAUAUGCUUGCCUUGGUGGUGCGCAGUCAGUAUGCAGCUCAAAUGCUUCAGAGAGUGCCACCUGCUGGCCAGGUUGUGCAAGCGCUUAUUUACUGCAGUCAAGGAAAAGCAAAGAUUAAACACUGGAUUUGUCUGGGUCAAGGCUUUACCAUCAAAGGACUUUAUUGCGAAAACACACCAAUGCCUUUGGGGUGGCUGCUUAUGUUGAAACACGUCAAGGACAGUUAUCCAUUUUUAAAAAUAAGUAACUUAUAUUUUUUUCCGGUCUCACAAGAAGUGUCAGUGUUACUAUGUAGUUGUCCAUGAGUCAAUGUUAAAAAAAUACUGUCUACUGUUCAGGUAUUGGAGAACAUACAGAGAAUGUUUACAUGUGUAAAUAAAUUAUUGAAAAUGGCAAAAAAAAGAAAGCAAAGGAAAUGUAUUUAAUACUGUUCAGAAUUCAAAUACAAUGUCUCCAGUUUCAAUCUGUAGUGUCUGGACUAGACAUAGACGUCUGUUUUUGUUUUGAUUUUGUGGGGUUUUUUUGUGUUUUUUGUUUUUUGUCUUUUUUGUAAAGAAAGAAAACAUGCUGUAUAAAUGCACAUAACUGUUUCAGGUGUAAAGAAAUUUGUAUGCUGUAAAAAAAAAUGCACAGUACCGUACAAUGCUGUCACCUAAAAAUGUAGAGGAGAAGUAGUUUCCACUUGAAUGCUUAUCGGUAGAGAUGUCCUGUACUUGCGCAACACCAAAUACUCUUUCAGUGGCUUUGUCGUAUCUUUGUCAUAUCCAUUUAUGGACCAAACUAGAGACUCUUCAAAAGUCAAAAGAAGUGCUACAAGUCAAACUAUUGCUUUAAUAGGCUUUCAAACUUUUUAGGUCAUUCAUAGGGUUUUUGUUGUUGCUGUUACUGAAUAAUGCUGUUGAUGUCCUGUUGUGCCUUUUAAAGAAUCCCAAAGAGGGAAUGCUGUUAUCGUUGGGUCAACCAGAGCAGGGCAGACGAAGAGAGUUUGACCUUGAAGUGCAAUUGACCUUCCCCCAUGCCUUAAACACGCGUAGCCCAAAAGACUGACUGGCUAGUAUUUCACAUAUUUACACGUCCGUAAUUCAUCAACAUUCCUCAUCUAAAAAAAAAAAAAUCAGUAUCUCUAUGUAAAGUCUGUACAUUGUACCAAACCCUUUUCCCUGUUUUCUAGUCUGUACAUUUGACCAGAUUCAUUCAUUUCCUUGUGUCCGUUAAGUCGUUGGCAUGCCAAUUCUCAGAUCUAUUUCCUUGUGUGUGUUGAGUGGUGAACAAGUCAUUUACCAGAUCUGUUUCCUGUGUCUCUUCAUUGUACUUCACAUCCAUCUUCUGUGACUCGUAUUGUGUGCAUGUAUUCCCUACCAGAUCCAUUUGUCUCUCUCUCUCUCUCUCUACUCUCUCACAUUAUUACCAAAUCCAUUUUCUGGUGUUGUUCACAUGAUCAUGCAUGUUCAGUUCCUAGCCAAUAAGUGUUUGUUGUUGUCAUUUGUUGUUGUUUGUGUUGCUCUCUUGUGCUGCUCUCUUGUGCGGCUGUUAACUCUUCAGCCAAAAAGUGCCUGCCAUACAAGCCACGCGUGAUGUUGGGCCCUUACUGAAUGUUGGAUUUCGUUUGUACUGAAGUCCUUAAUAGUCUGCUUCUUCAUUUUGAUGGGUCUUUUGUCAUUCUUUUGUGUAUUUAAUGCCGGUGAGGCGCUUGUUUUUUGCUCUGAACUAUUUCAAUAAAGUACACCUUUAAUGUU